AUGCCGGACGAGACUUCCUCUCCCCCUAUCUUGUCUACCUCUAGACCUGCAUCUUCUCGUUCUGUCUUCCAUGAGGAUGAUUAUACCCAUCCAUGUCAUCCUUUAUAUGUACAUCCUUGUGAUGUACAUGGAACCUCUUUAGUCACAGUGCCAUUUGAUGGUACUGGGUAUGAGAGUUGGAGACGCACUAUUAUGUUUUCUGUUAAACCUCCUAAUACUUCUCCCCUGGCAAGACAGUGGCAGAAGUGCAAUGCUUUAGUGAUUUCAUGGUUAACCAACUCUUUGUCCAAGGAAAUAGCUUGUAGUGUUGAAUAUUCUGAGCUUGCCAAGGACAUUUGGGGAGAGUUGGAAGAGAGAUAUGGUCAGGAAGAUGCUGCCAUAAUUUUUGAACUCAAAAAAGGAGUUAGCUCAUAUCUCACAAGGGACUUGCACACUGUUUACAGCAUUCUACUAUCAGAUGAGAAGCAGAGACAAGUUUCUAAUUCCUCUCAGUUUCUUCCUAGCUCUACCUCUUUUAAUGCGGGUGUAUCCAAACAAGUCUACUUUUCUAGAGUCUAUUUUGAUUCCCUCAAGUCUUCUAUCUGUAAGUACUGUAAGAAACUAGGUCAUACCAUUGACAAAUGCUAUAAGUUGCAUGGAUACCCUCCCAACUUCAAGUUUAUUAAGGGAUCUGGUCCAAGGAAGACUGUUGCUCAUGUUCAGUUGGAGAUGGUUGAUAUUUGGCUAUAA